AUGAUCAAGUCUGCAGACCUGCUGGCGCUUCUCACCGACCAUGGCCGUCGCGGCACGUUGGAGGUGCUCGCCAUCACCUUCUUCCUCGCCCCCGUCAUCUACGUCGUCGUCAACGAGUUCAUCCGGUACAAUGCCCGCAUCAGCCGGCUAAAGGGCCCGCGUGGUCUUCCCGUCAUUGGCAACAUGUGGGCUAUCCGCGUCAACGCCGCCGAAAAGUAUCGCGAGUGGGCAAAGACGUUUGGCGACGUCUACCAGAUCCAGCUGGGCAACAUCCCCGUCGUCGUCAUCAACUCGGCCGCCGCCGCCAAGACUCUGUUUGGCUUCAACCUGCAGGCGAUGAGUUCGCGUCCUGAAUUCUACACAUUCCACAAGGUCGUCUCUGACACGUCCGGCACCACCAUCGGCACGUCGCCCUUUAGCGACUCGCUCAAGCGUCGCCGCAAGGGCGCCGCCACGGCCCUCAACAAGCCGUCGAUCCAAAUGUACAUCCCCCACCUCGACAUUGAGUCGCGCGACUUCAUCAAGGAGCUGUACGAGUACGGCCGCGCCGGCCAGGAGCCCACCGACCCCAUGCCCAUGAUCCAGCGGCUGUCGCUGUCGCUCGCCCUCACGCUCAACUGGGGCGUGCGCAUGAAGAGCCAAAAGGAUAACCUGUUUGACGAGAUCACGCACGUCGAGGAGGAGAUCUCGCGCUUCCGCUCCACCACCGGCAACCUGCAAGACUACAUCCCGCUGCUGCGCCUCAACCCCAUCAACACGCACUCGGCCAAGGCCCGCGACGUCCGCCGCCGCCGUGACGUCUACCUCUCGCGCCUCAACGACGGCCUCGACGCCCGCAUCGCCGACGGCACCUACAAGCCCUGCAUCCAGGCCAACGUCAUCAUGGACAAGGAGGCCAAGCUCAACAAGGAGGAGCUCACCUCCAUCAGCCUGACCAUGCUGUCGGGCGGCCUCGACACCGUCACCACCCAGGUCGCCUGGUUCGUCGCCUUCUUGUCGCAGAACCCGGAUAUCCAGGAAAAGGCCGUCGCCGAGAUCCGCAAGCUGUACGCCGCGGACCAGCCCAUGUGCGACGAGCUGGACGACCAAAAGUGCGGCUACGUCGUCGCCCUGGUCAAGGAAUCGCUUCGCUACUUUACCGUGCUGCGACUGGCCCUUCCGCGCGCCUCCAUCAAGGACGUGUCGUACGGAGAGGCCACCAUCCCCAAGGGCUCCAUCCUCUUCCUCAACGCGUGGGCGUGCAACAUGGACUCAACCGUGUGGGAGGACCCCGAAGUGUUCCGCCCGGAGCGCUGGUACGAGCAGCCCGACGCGCCGCUCUUCACCUACGGCGUCGGCUACCGCAUGUGCGCCGGCUCGCUCCUCGCCAACCGCGAGCUGUACCUCGUCUACAUGCGCCUCCUCAACAGCUUCCGCAUCGAAAAGUACGACGACGUCGACUGCCACCCCAUCACCGGCAACGCCGACCCCACCAGCCUCGUCGCCCUGCCCCAGCGCUACCGCGCCCGCUUCGUGCCCCGGAACCCGGACGCGCUCAAGCUGGCCAUGGACGAGACCGAGGCCAUGGAGCGGGAAGAGGAUGGGGGUGAUUGGCUUCUCAAGGCCCUCCUCACCCUCGCCGUCGCCAGCCUCUGCCACUCCGACGCCCACUGCUCCCGGGGCGAGCACUGCAAGCAGCAGGGCGAGUUCCCCAACAUCAAGGUGUACAAGUAA